GUUUCACUACUUCUUUCAGACUUUGGUAACAAUUUACUGGUCAAACGUGGUUUAUUAUGCACUCAUAAAGACUUGCUAAAGGCUAAAUGAAUGCAUUGUCAGUGGACAAGCCGAUUAUAAACGAACACGGAGUUGAGAACCUAUGCCUAGUUUGUAUUUAUUUUCAUGCACCAUUGGCAGCUUAUAAAUGCAUAAUCAAGCCUUUAUUAUGCCCGUAAGCUACAUAUUAUAUUUGUGUACGCUUCUUACAUCUGAAUAGUUCAUGCUUCGUUAUGAAGGAUUUGUUAUUUGCUUUGUUAUACCUUAUUACGCAAAAAUAUAGACUACUUUUAUUGUUUGUCUAACCGUGGCUUAAAUAAACUUGUUGAAACUAUGUUGGGAUAACAACAUAAAAAAAAAUAACAACGUUUAGAGAUCUAGGAUCCUUAAUUGGUUUCUGUCGUGUAUGUGUAAUAAGGCGGUGAAUGUGAAAAACGAAUACCCUUUACUGAUAUUCCAUAUAAAAGGCUAUUUGACACAGAGCUUUAACCUGUAGGCUAUGCAAACCACACGAAUACAUUCAAACAGGCAUUUUUGCUCAUUUAUGAUCAUUAUAUCCCAUACUUAGUCUGUCCAAUCUAUAAGGUAACGCUGAUCCUGGAAUUGAAUUAACGAUGUCAUUUGCAUUUACGCAAUCAACGGGUUAGGCUAUAUUUUAUAAAGAUAUUGAUCUUGUAGCCUAUACGGAUGAGGACUUAACUUUUUAAUUGGCCUAUGGACUGUUGAAGAGAACAUGAGGCAAUAGGUGAUCUAACCUCAAUCUACCGCAGGGUGGUUAGAGCGUUGGACUAGUAACCGGAAGGUUGCAAGUUCAAAUCCCCGAGCUGACAAGGUUCUGCCACUGAACAGGCAGUCAUUGAAAAUAACAAUUUGUUCAUAACUGACUUGCCUAACUGACUUGCUUAAAUAAAGGUAAAAAAAAUACAAAUAAAAGCUAUUAUGAACCAAUAAGGUACAAAGUAGCCUCAUUCGUGAGUGAAAUGAUGGAGACAUUUCGACUGAAACACUUGUUCAGAUGUCAGGGUGGUUAUCGGGAACUGGUCACGCAGGCCUUUGACCAAGUUUCCACUGUAGAUGGCCAAGAUAUGACGAUCACUAAAGUAAUAAUGUUAUUAUAUCCGUACCUUUUCCAAUGACGCAGCCUGUCCAAUUAUAUUCAAACCCCAUGUAUUUAUUCCCUUUGAAUCGAACGUCUGUUUUCGUUUCCCCUUCGGUAGUUUGUUUUGGGUACGACGAAUAGAAGACGAUAAAAACAACAACAAAAACACUAGGCCCUGCUUGAAUUCCAGUUUUUUUUCUUGUUUUGUUUUGUUUGUGAUGAUUAACGACGGUCGUUGAGUUUAUUUUCAGUCCUCCGAGAAAAUAUGACUGUUUAUCUUGCCUCUACCCUGUAACCCGUCUUGGUGAAGGAAUUAAAAACUUCUGUAAACCAUCCGUUACGCAAGUGCCUUAUAUUUGAAAGCGCAUUAUCCGACCACGCCGAGCCAACAAUGCCGCAGUCCAAUAUGAACGUUGAAAGACAAAAUUGACAUGAUGGUCCUUCUUUCACCGUAUAUGCACGAGAUCAGCAGAUUAGCCCUAUGACAUAGAUUGUCAAGGAGGUAACAGCACCAGUCCAGUCUCGCCUCUAACAUACGAGCCAAAGCCCAAAGGGAUGCUGACUACAUCUCUGUUGGUCAUUCACUAUGACGAGCAUCUUCAUUUGGUUGUGUGUAAUUGCACCAAUUAUGUCACCCCAAGAGCACUCUAAUUGGGCUUUUUAGGUGCCCUCAAAACUAUUACAUAGUAGGAACCUACUACUUUAAGUAGUAGAGAUUAGUUUGUCAUUAGCUUACAUGUCUUCAUUCGCUGAGACGUUUGGUGUGGCAAUGGUGUUUGCCCUUGAUUUUAUGUUCCUAUCUCAGUUCUUCUCUAUUACCAGGAUCGAAUCCUUUCCAUCAACGUUCCAGUCAACUCGGGGGAGUUAAAACGCACUAGCAACAUUAAUUAAACAUGUUUGGUUUGUAUCUGGAUUAGUUUAAAUGCAGUUGACCAAGACACACUGCCAAGAGUGCAUGAACCAAUAAGGAAAGAUCAAAUGCAAAACCACUUCGUUGGUUUAUAUUAUUCUAGCUUUUAUAUAAGGAAUGGGUAGGCCUGCAGGCGUUAUUUCGUGUAACAGCAUGGCGUGCAUUCAAGUGCUCCAGAAAACUCAUUUUACAAAGCGGUUCAAUAACAUAAAAACAAUAUUACAUUACUCUGGCGAGGAAACAGAAGAAAUGAAUGAAAAAAAAAUAAAGUAAUUGUUGAGAGGUUGCACAAUUGCCUUCUGAAAGUCCCCGAAGGAAAGCUUUACAGUUCGACGGGGUUCUCAUGUCAAAAGUUAAUGUCAUACAAUGACCUAAAGCGCUUAGCAUUGGCGGCGGCGACAUGUCUAGGAGUCCGUGCACAGCGGAAGCUACAUACGCUACCUGGCCAAAGUCAUUAUAAUACUGCAUUGUUAUUGGGACCGUUUGGAAGUGUGGCGAAUAAAACAGGACUACCAUCAGAUCAGAGUUACUAAAUUUUUUAAAUUGUUUUAUUGACGAUGGAUGACAAAACGUUGAAUCCAUAAAAUCAUUCACAAAAUAAAUAAUGAAUGCAGAUAUAGGCCUAGGUUUUACGACAAUCCAGGUUGACACAGGGAGGCGCGCCUUGCCUCGUCUUCAUUCCUUUACAUUUACUCGACUAUCAACUUAAAAACGAGUUUGCAUUGUUUUUUGCAUAUUGUGUUGAUAACUACAAUGACAGGUGAUUGAUAAAUGGUGUUGAUUUCCCAGUAUUGUUUACUAUUUCCUAUGUAUUGUAACAUUUCGCUUAAAGGACAGACGAAUACGUGCUGUUUAUAGGCCAAGGCCAGGGGUCAUCAACUAGAUUCAGCCGCGGUACGAUUUCUUUCUUGAGCGGAUGGUCAGGGGACCGGAACAUAAUUACAAAUAAUUUGUAAACUGCAAAUUGACCAAAAGAAGCCAAAACGGAUAUAGUAUUUAACUAAAACAGAAUCAUGUCAAACAUUGCUUACAUUUUUAUAUGAUCACAAACUGUAUAUCUCUCAAUUAUGAGUUGUAAUACUUUGGAACAGACUUGCAGAAUUUAAAUAACUUGGAGCUGAUUUGCUGGUGUUUUUAGAGUCUUUUAUGGCCUAACAUAAAUACAAAUACAUUGGGGGUCAAAUAAGGGCCGCCAGUUGGGGAACCCUGGCCUAGUCUAUAUAAAGGUUUUCUUUAAAAAAAAAGAAGUUAUUUUUUAUUUAAAAUAUAUUGAACUGAUUCACAGAAAAUCAAUUCAAGUGGCCGGGCUCGUGACUGUGUGAUGUGACGUUUCAUCUCAGUCAUUUCUUACCAGCAGGCGACGCUGAUUUACAGUUAGGCCUGUAUGAUUGUCCAAAAUAGUCUAAACUCAAGCAACUCAACUCGAUGCCAUUAUUUAGGCAAUGUGUUUUUUUAAUAUCAAGUGACAUAAGGCUAGCCUAUCUGAAUGCAAAAUAUCAAUCGUUAGUUCCAACAAAUGUAAUAAAGUUAGAAACUGUCACGAGACGAAUUUAUGUGUAGAGGCCUAUAUGGCCUAGUGUAUCUGUACGCCAUAGGCCACCGUUACUGUUUAUAUUUUCGUUUAUUUACAUUAUUUUAUAUUAUAAUUUCAUUUUUUGGGGGGCUUUAAUCCGCUGAGAAAUGGUCAUUCAGUGUAGUAUUUAGAAGGACCAACUAAAAGAUUGAUAGUGCUGCCAUUUUUCCCAUUAACAUCUUAAAACAAAUAAUUGCUUAAGACAUAGCUGUGUAGUUAGUAUAUGCAAGUUGUUAUAAAACUAUAAAUAAUAGUUAAAUCAAAGUUUACAAAAUUAAAGCCUCAAAUAAAUAUAAAGGUCCUACACGCAUCAUCAUAAUUUGUGGCCUACUUUAUGCAGUCGUUUCUCAUGAGGUUGUAAUUUUCAUAGUUCAGAUUAUUUGUCUUAUCUUUGACAGUUUACAAGUAGCGAGAGAUAUGAUUGUAAAGGCUACACGUGAAGAUGCCUGAAUCAGUGCAGUGACACGCGCGCGCGCGCGCGCACACACACACACACAAACACACCACUUCAUUCUUUUGACACAAGGUCCACCUCACUUGCUUUUAAUCCGUGAUUGUUUAGAAGACCUGAAAAAAAAAGAGGUCAUUAAAAGGGCCUCAUCCAUGAAUUUAUAGACUAUUACGGUACAUAGUACACUGCUGCUGCAUUAAGCUUCUACCAUAUACAUACUUAAGUAUAAAUUAGGUACUUUCCAAUAUAUAUUUGGCCUUGAAAAUAACAUGGGCAGGUCUAUAUGCAAUGUUUAUUCAGCUCCGUUCAUAUCCGAGACAUACAUUGUGUGCGUGUGUAUAUAAGCGCACCCAGCUGUCGGGCCGUUCCAUUGCGCUCGAGCAUAUUUCAAACAUGUCUGAAUAAAGGGCCCAUUUUCUUCCAAACUUUCCAAUGCAACGCAACUCGCUGUUGCCUCAUGCGCUCCCCUGAGAUAAAUCCCCACCAAAAAUCCUCUCCUGCAGUCAGAUUGAAUGCUCUUUGUGGGUGGGAGGGACUCCUUAUUUCGGGGAGGUUUUAACGCAGAAGAUGGGUGGGUCACAUCCCUUGGUUCUGCUGCGAGCGCUUCCAUUCGGUCACACCGGGCAUAUCCGCACCAGCGGAAACUGAAAGCAUAACGCACUGUCACUGCUGCGAGGAAAAGUGGAAUGAAUUUGGACAGAAUUGCAGAGACCGUGAGACCCCCACCGACGCGCGACAUGCAGGCUUCUACGCUUCACUUGCCGAGAACUUCGAACAACACUCGAGAAACGUUAGAGAACUCAAGCAGCGAGUCAUCCGAUACUGAAAUAGCAGAAAAAGAGAGGAUCAUAGAACACAGAAGUGACGAUGGCAACGCAGACGACCCGAAAAAGAAGAAAGCGAGGCGGCAGAGGACUCAUUUCACCAGCCAGCAGCUGCAAGAGCUCGAAGCCACCUUUCAGAGGAAUCGCUACCCGGACAUGAGCACAAGAGAGGAGAUAGCCGUGUGGACCAACCUCACCGAGGCCAGAGUCAGGGUGUGGUUCAAAAAUCGCAGGGCCAAGUGGAGGAAGCGUGAACGCAACCAGCAAAUGGACCUGUGCAAGAACAGCUACCUGCCCCAGUUCAGUGGCCUCAUGCAGCCCUACGACGACAUGUAUCCCGCCUAUACCUACAAUAACUGGACGAACAAAGGACUGACACCGGCCCCUCUGUCCACAAAGAACUUCACCUUUUUCAACUCAAUGAGCCCACUCACAUCCCAGUCAAUGUUCUCGGCUCCUAACUCCAUCUCUUCUAUGACUAUGUCCGGAGGUAUGGGCCACUCCGCUGUACCGGGGAUGCCGACUGCGGGCCUGAACAACAUCAGUAAUCUUAACGGCAUCGGCACCUCUACAAUGAACUCAGCCAUGUCCUCCUCCGCCUGUCCGUAUGGACCUCCCGGUUCCCCUUACAGCGUAUACAGAGACACAUGUAACUCUAGCCUGGCGACUCUGAGACUGAAAUCAAAACAGCAUCCAACCUUUGGAUACAGCGGGUUGCAAAGUCCCGGGUCUAGCCUUAACGCCUGCCAAUACAACAGUUGACCGAUCAGCCGCGAUGAAAAUAAUUUGCCGACAGCUGUGGGUCUAGAAGGCCUACCUGCGAAUGGGGCGAAAGACAACUAAACUGGAUUAGUUGCAAUCAUUUUUUCAAAUGGAUUAUGCGGGUUGUAUGUGUUUACCAUUGAACUUGCACAACAAUUUAAAUGUUUUUUUUGUUUUAUAAAGUGAUGAAGACGUGUUACAUUGCAACAUUGAACAUAAGAAACAGACAAAGGAACAUCUGUGUAUUUUCGCUUGCUUGCUUUGAGGACUCAAAAGAAUUUAAAACGUGGCUUGUAUACUCCUGGUCUUGGAUUGGGAACAAAAAGUGCAACAAAAAGGCGUAUCCAGACUCGGUAGAAAAACAAUUAUAUUGUACAUAGCUUAUAUUGCUCAUGUGUGCUUUACCGUCUUUGCAGGGGGUGCCACGGGCCCGGUUAAAUGUGUCAUUUCUUUUUUUUUUAGCGUGAGUGUCAUUUUUAUAGCCUGCUUUUGUCUGGAGUAUUUUCUAAUUUUUACGUGCUGAAAAUAGAAAUCCCGCAUGCUUUAACUUCAGUGCAACGUGUUUUGUACUUGUUGAUAAUUAUGUGAGAUAAAGCAAAGUCCAUUAUACUGUAUACAAAAAGGUGAUUGAAAAGUAACUUCAUGUGUUUAUGAUCUGUUUGAAUACAAUAAAAGCAGAUAGUAGUUUA